AGCGCGGCCAAGAUGGCGGCUCCAGGCGGUGCUGCUGAGGAGGCGCGGCGUGGCAGCGGGAGGAGGGAUGACUCGCUGGAUACUCUCCUCUCCUGCCUACCCCUCACCCCCUCGCUUUCGCCGAGGAAGAGGACCACAAGCCAGUCAAAGACGGAACCGCCACUGCUCAGGACCAGCAAGCGGACCAUCUACACCGCAGGACGGCCCCCCUGGUACAACGAGACAGGCACACCCUUCAAGGAAGCCUUUGUGAUCGGCUUGUGUGGUGGAAGCGCAUCAGGCAAAACCACAGUGGCCAAUAAAAUCAUUGAAGCUCUGGAUGUGCCUUGGGUGGUGCUGCUCUCUAUGGAUAGCUUUUACAAGGUGCUGAACAAGGAACAACAGCAGCAGGCUGCCUGUAACGAGUACAAUUUUGACCACCCUGACGCCUUUGACUUUGACCUGUUGAUCAGUGUCUUAAGGAAACUCAAAGAGGGAAAAAGGGUUAAAGUUCCGGUCUAUGACUUCACCACACACAGCCGGCGCAAAGAGUGGAAAACUGUCUAUGGGGCCAAUGUGAUUGUAUUUGAAGGGAUUCUGUCCUUUGCCAAUAAGGAGCUUCUACAGCUCCUGGACAUGAAGGUGUUUGUGGACACGGACUCGGACAUCCGGCUGGUGCGGCGGCUGAAGCGGGACAUCAUGGAGCGCGGGCGGGAUGUGGUGGGCGUCAUCAAGCAGUACAGCAAGUUCGUGAAGCCGGCGUUUGAGCAGUACAUUGAACCCACUAUGCAGGCAGCGGACAUAGUUGUGCCCCGGGGAGGGGAUAACUUUGUUGCCCUGGACUUGAUCGUUCAGCAUGUGCACAGCCAACUGGAAAAGCGUGAAAUCACGGUCAGAGCAGCCUUGGCCUCAGCCCACCAGGGACAGCCGUUGCCGAAGACGCUGAGCGUCCUGGAGAGCACGCCACAAGUCCGUGGGAUGCACACCAUCAUCAGGAACAAAGAUACUACCAGGGAUGAGUUCAUCUUCUACUCCAAGCGUCUUAUGCGUCUGCUGAUAGAGCACGCUCUCUCCUUCCUGCCACUCAAGCCAGUGACUGUGGAGACGCCACAGGGGACGGUCUAUGAGGGGAAGCGUUUCCACAGGCAGCGGAUCACUGGUGUCUCCAUCCUGCGUGCAGGCGAGACCAUGGAGCAGGCCCUCACCGCUGUCUGCAAAGACAUCCGCUUGGGCAAGAUCCUCAUCCAGACCAACCACGACACGGGGGAGCCUGAGCUGCACUACCUCCGGCUGCCCAAGGAGAUCAGCGAGGAUUACGUCAUCUUGAUGGACAGCACCGUAUCCACAGGGGCUGCUGCCAUGAUGGCUGUGCGGGUGCUGCUCGAUCAUGACGUGCAGGAGGACAAGAUCUUCCUCCUUUCACUGUUGAUGGCUGAGAUGGGGGUCCAUUCAGUGGCCUAUGCCUUCCCCUGUGUACGUAUCAUCACCACCGCUGUGGACAAGACAGUCAACGAGGAGUUCCACAUUAUUCCUGGCAUUGGCAACUUUGGAGACAGAUACUUUGGCACUGAUAGUACCACGGGUUGGUACGAGAAUGACUGCAUGGACUGCUGAGUUCGUUUGGUGGAGCAGCACUUCAUCUCUUUGGUGGGGGAGCAUGUCCCUUCCACGGGCAUUGCUGUAAGGACCACUGCAGCUCUUAGCACAGUUCUGCAUGUGCCUUCCCCUUCUCUGGCGCAUCAGAUGGAGAGCUGCUGCUGCUACCUCCUUGGCCAUAAGGUCCCCUUUCGAUAUUUAUUGGUAUUUAUAGGGGUACUUUGUUUCCUUCCUGGCACUCCGGCUGCUGCCCCAUCCCAGUGCUGACUGGCUUUUCUGAGGCCUGAUGUGCUAGCUCAAGGGCCCUGCUUAAAGGGACCACCUCACAAUAGCCCCUAAAAUUGUCCCGGUGCCCCAUUUAUGCCCUUUUUGGCUCUGUGGCAGGCUGGGCAGGGCCUGAUGCAAGCAGGACUCUGUGGUAGGACCCUGACUGUCCGGUCCGCAAGGCUUCUGUGGCUGUUGCCUCAUUCACAACCUUCAUUUUCUGUCACACUGCCCCCCGGCCAUCUGUUGAAAACGAUUGCCCAGGCAUUCAGAACCACAAACAUGGCAAUAAGGGAUCCGUCCUGGGGGAGAGUCCACUGCUCCCCUUUUGCUCAGAGCUGGGUCUGCCUUCCUCCAAGUGGCUGUUGGCCUGGAAUAGGCUCUGGUCACCUGCACACUCCCUUGUCCUCUUUGCAAGUGGGUGAAUGGGGGUCGGGGCUGUACAGCCCACCCUCACCUACUCUGUAUUGUCAGUACUGUACUCAGCUGCCUUCCUUGCUUUUUGUACGUGAUAAUAAAA